AUGACAUUCGACAUUGAAAGGAAGCGCCUCGAGAUGUGCUGCGUAUAUGGCGCCAAUGGCUCCGCGAAACUCGGUGAACGUAGGCGAAGACAAAGUUCCACUUCGUCGGAUCAUUCCGGGAGAUCGCGACGAAGAAAAGUGUCCGAAAGCGAUGCAACGGGUCGUCGUCAGCAACAGUGGUACGGUCGGCAAACAAAGUGUCACAUACUGACCGUGUUCGCCAGCGGGGCACUUUUCUCGUUGCUGGCCUUCGCGAUGCUGAACUUUGUCCCCUCGCCGCACCAAUCCGGUGCUGACUCUCAGCGACGCACGCUGGAAGGGGAGAGCAGUGGCCGAGCAUUGUUCGCACCGAACCCACGUCAUCUUCCGGACGGUUCGAUGCUCCGGUUAGCGGAUGAAUCCCGUGUCAUGGAACCAUACCUUCCGGCACGGAAGUUGCCAGCGGGCGGGGAAACACAUCAAGCAGAAACGCAGGAUAGUGUGACGAAUGAGGCGGAAGCACUGAGCUCGCUAAAAAUGGCCCUUGAAAUGAAGCUUCUUGGAAAGGACGAUAAGGCGCUCCGCCUAUUUCAACAUGCGCUGGCUCUUUCGCCAAAACAUCCGGAAAUCCUGACUAAAUAUGGCGAGUUUUUGGAGCACAAUCAGCAGGACGUCGUGUCAGCAGAUCAGUACUACACACAAGCCCUCACCGUCAACCCGUACUACUCGGAUGCGCUUGCAAAUCGGCAGCGUACGGCGCAAAUUGUCGAACAGAUAGACGCGAAACGAUUCGAAGCGUUGGACCGGAAACGGGACGCCCUAAGCGCGGUGCACGCCUCCAACAUGGCUCUGAAGCGGGCGGAAAAGGAAGCGUACAUUCAGCACAUCUACCACUCGGUCGGGAUCGAGGGCAACACGAUGAGUUUGGCGCAAACCCGGUCGAUCCUCGAAACGCGCAUGGCAGUCGAUGGCAAGAGCAUCGAUGAGCACAAUGAAAUCCUCGGGUUGGAUGCGGCCCUCAAAUAUAUCAACGCAACGUUGGUCAACAAAAACGAUUACAUUACGCUCAAGGAUAUUCUCGAAAUACAUCGACGCGUGCUCGGGCACGUCGAUCCGAUCGAAGGUGGUGAGUUCCGGCGCACGCAGGUUUACGUUGGGGGGCACAUCCCACCCGGACCGGGCGAUUUAGCGAUCCUGAUGGGCCGCUUCGAGAACUGGCUCAACUCGGAGCAGGUUUUUCUGAUGCAUCCGGUCAAGUACGCGGCAAUGGCACACUACAAACUGGUGCACAUUCACCCUUUCAGCGAUGGAAACGGCCGGACGUCACGGCUACUGAUGAACACGUUGCUCAUGCGGGCCGGUUACCCACCGGUGAUCAUCCAAAAGCAGCAUCGGCACAAGUACUACGACUAUCUGCAGCUGGCCAACGAGGGGGACAUUCGGCCUUUUGUGAGGUUUAUCGCCGACUGUACGGAGCGAACGCUCGAUCUGUACCUGUGGGCCACCAGUGAGCUAUCGAAUCCGAUUCCGCUGUUGGCACAGGAUAACGCGGAUGGUGGCACGCCACUAAUCAACAGCUUCAUUGAGGAAGGAAGUGCGGCUGGAAGUGGGGCCGGUGACACGAUACGGAUAGGAGUGAUUUGAUAUUUGCUUCCUGUGGUCCUGGCACGGUGGCUUCAUAUGCUCGAUAUUUAAAGUUAUCUCGUCCGUGUGCCCUGCCGUUGGGAACGAUGUUGAUAUUUUAGUCCCAUGUACAUAACACCGUCCUACUGUAUCCAUACCGUUUUAUUUAUAUCUAUUUUGUUUUAAUUUUAUCUUGAAAUGUUACCGUGCCCUCAGUUUCCGUUCGUCCUGUAUCGAAAACGAAAAUUCCCAAAAAAAAUGCGACACUUUGGGGGCACAAUGGCAGUGAACAAACGAUUUCAACAUCAUCCGUUAAUCGAAACGCACAUUACGUGUUAAUUAGGUUAGGUAGUGAUAAUUGUCGAAUUUGUCCUCAAUCACCAAAUGCAAAAGAUUUUACCGAUGGAUGCUGUAAAACGGCCUCUGCCGGUUCUGCCGUGAUAUCAGCCACACAAACAGUACACAUAGUCAAACUAACCAAUGGAUCCUAUUUUCGUACAGCUGUGAUGAUUUAGUUAGCUAAUCU